AUGGAGCUCAAUAUGGGCUUCCUCUUCAUUCUGCUUUCCGUUUUUAGAUAUCUCCGUCUCGUGGUCCACAUCUUCUCCUUCUGGUUUCUCUACAAGCCUGCCCUGAUUCCUCGUCAGCCUACAUACUCUCGCAGAGACUGUUCUAUUAUCCUCCCCACAGUUGAUCCGAGCAACCCAGACUUCGAGGAAUGUCUUCUGUCAUGUCUUCGAAACGGACCAGGGGAAAUUAUUAUUGUCACUGUUGGUGAGAAGCUUACAACUUUGACAAAGACGCUGGUCUCCCCAAUCCAGGCUCUAUUUCCUGAUACUGUCAUUACUGUUGAAACAAGCAAGGUUGCUAACAAACGUUUGCAAGUUGCCCAUGGCCUCCAGUUCGUCAAGACCAAGAUCACCGUCCUCCUCGACGACCACGUCUUUUGGCCAUCCAAUAAGUUCCUACCGACAAUCCUUGCUCCCUUCGAAGACCCCAAGGUUGGUGUAGUUGGUACUAAUAAGCGCGUCCGCCGCACCGACAAGGGCUUCAACAUCAGAUCGUUCUGGAACAUGCUUGGCGCUUUGUAUUUGGAACGACACAACUUCGAGAUUCGUGCAACGAAUGCAAUUGAUGGCGGCGUCUUUGUCAUCUCUGGUCGCACGUCAGCUUAUCGAUCGGCAAUCAUCCAAGAUCCUUCUUUCAUCAAGGACUUUACUAACGAGAAGUUUUUUUUCGGAAAGUUUGGCCCCCUCAAUGCUGACGAUGAUAACUUCCUUACGCGCUGGGCAGUGCGGCACGGAUGGGACAUCAAGAUCCAGUACUGCCCAGAUGCAUUGAUUGAGACGACUCUAGGCACUUACCCCAAGUUCCUGUCUCAGUGCUUGCGCUGGGUGCGUACUACUUGGCGGAGCAACUCCGCCAGCCUGUUUACAGACCGUACGGUUUGGUGCAGACAGCCUUGGUGCGUGUAUGCGGUGUACUUGACUUCGUUUGUCAACUUUGCGCUGUUCUACGAUGGUGCGCUCAUCUACACUCUGAUGCACAGUUCGUGGGCGAGCCAGAUGUGGCUUACUUGCUUGGCUGCGUGGAUCUUCUUUACUAAACUGAUCAAGCUUAUCCCAUACUUCCUCCGCGAGCCUCAGGAUUUGGUCAUGUUGCCGGGUUAUUUCGCGUUCGCCUACUUCCACAGCCUCAUCAAGCUCUACGCGGGUUUGACUUUCUGGGUUACCGCGUGGGGAGGCAGAGACCUAGACGCUGUCGGUCAGAAGUAG